AUGAAAUCCAUCCUGCUUGCUGCCUGCAUCCUUGGGGUGGCUGUCUGUGCCCCUCAGCAGAUGUUCAUGGAGUUUGACAUCCGUCACGCUCCGGCUCAGGCAGCCAAGGUUAUUCCUGUUGGAGCCCCACGUGGAUCACUGGAAGUUCUGCUCCCAGUUGAUGCCCAGGGGCAGCCUCUUGGAGGACCUGUCCGUGGCUUCAUCAAGCAGGACCUCCCCUGGCCAAACAGGAAAGGCACUAUGGAAGUGUAUUACCCCUUCGGUUUUGAACUGCCGGCUCAUGCUGCCCCCGUUGCUCCUGCUGCCCCUGUUGCUCCUGUAGCUCGUGCAGCUCCAGCUGCUCCUGCAGCUCCUGCUGUUCCAGCUGCCCCUAUUGUACCCAUCAUUGCUGCCCCUGUGAGCUGGCGCCCUAUAAAAGAUGAAGUAACUCUGCAGAAGAUACGAUCAACUGGCAUCUUCUCCAGCAUCAACAUUCAUCAUCCUCUCCAGAGUGUUUUCUAUCGCACAAGGACUUCCAAAAUCGACAAAAUGAAAUUUCUCAUCCUGUGCUUCUGUCUGGCCAGCACCGCCUCAGCUGCACCGUCCAUCUUUCAUUACCUGCCUCAUUACGCGGGUUCCAGACCACAGAUGCCACCCUCACAGGUGAGAAAUCCCUUCACAGGUCAGUCUCUACCACAACCUGGUGCACAUGGUGCCUACAGUGUGGAACUAAUCUAUCCUCACAGAUUUGGUGCCGCCGGGUCAAACCCUGAACAGCCCUUUUCCACCCAAGGUUUCAUGAAAAUAUCCAUUCCUCAGCCACCAGGCAGACAGAGUGUGGAAGUUUACUACCCCUACGACUUCUCCCAGCAAAGAAUAAUGACAAACAUCCCUCCUAUGACAAACGUCCCUCAUAUGCCAAAUGUGCUCCCAUUUGACUAUCCUCUUCAAAAUAUUCCCCAGCAACUCCCAAAUAUUCCUUCAUUUGAUGCCAUGCCUCAGCCUUCCCAGGAUCCCAUGCAGCCUCUCCAGCAGGACCAGCCCAUGCAGACAAACCAGAUGCCGGUGAAGGUGUGAAGUGGAUGAGAAGCAUGACAAGAAGGCGAAACCACUCCUUCCUAUUCCUUGGUUAAAUGACUGAAUCUGUUUCUGCAACGUGUGGAUGUGCUUUCUUAAGUUAAGAUAAAAUAAUGAUCAUUAGAUAGCCAUAUUUUAUUAAGAAUACUGUUGCAAUUAUAACAACAUCAUCUGCAUAGAAAGAAACAUAUUUCUGAAUAAUCUUCUGCUUUACUUUAUAGUCUCAUCUAUAUGUUCACUAUUAUUGUGUUAAUCAAGUACUUUGUAAUACAAAUGUGCUGCCAAUGUUUAUGAACUAAUUUGAACUUUUCUUUAAAUGUAA